AUGCAUCCUGACUUAUCUCCACACUUGCACACUGAAGAAUGCAACAUCUUGAUUAACUUGCUAAAGGAAUGUCACAAAAAUCACAGCGUUCUGAAAUUUUUUGGUCAUUGCAAUGAUCUUGAUCGGCAGAUGAGAAAGUGCCUGAAGAAUGAGUACGCGGAAAAGAGGACCAAGAGCAGGGAGCACGGCGAUGCGAUGCGAAGGAGACUUCUUAAUCCUCCAGAGGAGGCUGAAAAGUGA